UUGGGAAAAUGGUAAAAUUAUAUUUCUGCCAAUAUUGUAUAUUUGAUAUUGGCAAUGUUGUUGAAUAAAAACAGCUGAUGAGCUGUCAACCACGGCGAACCAUCGCAACCAUAGCAUGUUCAUACACAAGCACACGAACAAAUAUAAAGCAGUGGAAAUAUGAAGUGCCGCCUGUAGAAUUUCAUCAAGAUCUCACGUACUACACUGGAAAACACCGAAAACUGAAACCAGUUUGGUAUGAAAGCAAAAAUUGUAAACAAAACUUAUUUAUGUACAUACUGGUGGUGGCGGUAAAGAGGAGAGUCGAUUUUCCAAAAGAAAGUCAGAAACACAGAAAGUUUCGCUGCAUAGUAUUGCUUUACACGUCAAAGUACAUUGAAUAGCAGUGCACAUAACUGCAAGUUGCAUCCACACAGGCUUACCAAAAUCAUUAUUUGAAUCGUUUUAAAUUAUUUAGUGUUUGAGUUAGAUAAGAAAUAUCUAUAUGUAGGUCGUACAGAUUUUUACUCAAAUUAAAGUACAAAAUACGAAACGAAAUCGGUUCUACAACAUUGUAAACUUGAAUUCCUGACAAUGACGACACAACUGGAUACCGCUAAAACAAAUACUAUUUCACCAACAGGCGGUGGCGAUACGGCAGCUGAAUCGUCAAGUUUAACUAUUGACAAUCAACGAUCAUCGCCAGAUUUUAAAAAAUACAUUAAGGAAAAAUGGAAAAUAAACAGCGCAUCGGAGCAAUUGAGCCAAAUAAUAUCCGGUGGCUUGGGUGCGGCAAUUACACGUACCUUCUGUCAGCCAUUGGACGUGCUAAAAAUACGUUUCCAAUUGCAAGUGGAGCCACUGAAAGAGCACAUCAACCAACAAUCAAAAUACACAAGCAUAGCGCAAGCUAUACGCACAAUCUACCGCGAAGAAGGUGUACUCGCCUUCUGGAAGGGGCACAAUCCAGGUCAAGUGCUUAGCAUAAUUUAUGGUGUAUCGCAGUUUUGGACAUAUGAACAAUUAAGUUUGGCGGCCAAGCAAACGAUAUACCUUAAGGAUCACACAAAUACAUCGAAUUUUCUUUGUGGUGCCACGGCUGGUGCUACGGCUGUUAUACUUUCAACGCCUAUGGAUGUAAUACGUACACGUCUUAUUGCACAGGACAGGAGCAAAGGAUAUAAAAAUGCAACGCGCGCUGUAUCAACAAUAAUACGUACAGAGGGUAUACGUGGAGUUUAUCGCGGCUUAAAUACAGCACUAUUGCAAAUUGCACCAUUAAUGGGAGCGAAUUUUAUGCUUUAUCGAAUUUUCAGUAAAUCAGCUAUGCAAUUCUAUAAUGUGGAAAAUCGCAGCGAACUGCCUACAUGGGUGCUGCUUGUUUUAGGCGGCUCUUCGGGCAUGUUGUCCAAAUCACUCGUUUAUCCCUUUGACUUAUUGAAAAAGCGACUGCACAUACAGGGUUUUGAAUCAAAUCGUCAAACAUUCGGUGAAAAUAUACGUGCUACUGGCAUUUUCAGUUGUUUAAGGAAGACUAUAAAACAAGAGGGCCCAACAGGUUUGUACAAAGGAAUGGCUCCCACCUUAUUGAAAUCUACAGUCACGACAGCGUUAUAUUUCGCCAUUUACGAUAAACUCAGGCAGAUACGUUGGUUUUCUUAACUACACAUACAGAGGUUUAAGUUUAAAGUUAAUUUUUUUUUUGUAUCUCACUUUAAGCGUCUGAGAGUGUUGUUAAAAAAUGUUAUGUAACAUAGAAAUUUUGUUAUGAAUCCGACUUUUAUUAUUUCAUAAGAUGUUAUAUUAUUGUGUUCAAAGUCAGCAAUACUAUAUUUUAAAAAAUAAACAAACUUUCCAUUUUGUAUAGUACUUUAUAAGAAAGUAAAAAAUAAUACAAAUAUUUAAAUUGCAACGGGAAUCCGUCAACGGGCAUAUGUAUGGUGUAAAAUACAAACUGCAAACCAGAGGAGCCUUAUUUUUUUUAAUGUAAAACCUUAACAAAUAAAACUUAGCGUAAACUGAAAA